GUGUAGCCUGCGCUUAUCUGCUCUUCGAUCCUGACAGAGCUAGCAAACAGUGUGAGAGUUGUUGGCAGAUCAAUACCCUGUUUGUAAGCUCACUGUUUCCUCAGUCAUGGCGCAGGAAAACCUCUCCGUGGUACUGCAGUCCCAGGGAGACCUCAGGCUGGAAAAUCGCCCCAUCCCGGAGCCCGGGGCUGAUGAGGUUUUGCUCCAGAUGCACUCUGUUGGAAUCUGUGGCUCAGAUGUUCACUACUGGCAACAUGGCCGAAUUGGAGAUUUUGUGGUCACAAAACCAAUAGUGUUGGGACACGAGGCAUCAGGGCGGGUGGUGAAGGUCGGAUCAGCAGUGAAGCACCUUAAAGUAGGUGACAGAGUGGCCAUUGAGCCUGGUGUGCCCCGCGAGAUGGAUGAGUUCUUCAAAAGCGGCCGAUAUAAUUUAUCUCCUAAAAAUUUCUUCUGUGCCACACCCCCUGACGAUGGAAAUCUGUGCCGAUACUACAAGCACAAUGCCAACUUCUGUUAUAAGUUGCCUGAUAAUGUGACAUUUGAGGAAGGAGCUCUAGUUGAGCCUCUCUCUGUGGGGAUCCAUGCCUGUCGCAGAGCAGGUGUAACCCUUGGCGACACUGUGCUAAUCUGUGGUGCAGGACCCAUCGGGUUGGUCUCUUUACUCGUGGCCAAAGCAAUGGGGGCCUCAAAGGUCCUCAUCACCGACCUGUCUCCAGAGCGGCUGAAGAUGGCCAAAGAGUUGGGUGCUGACUUUCAACUGACAGUGAAGAGAGGAGAAGGACCCCAGCAGCUGGCCAAGAGUGUAGAGGACAUUCUGGGAGCUCAGCCUCACAUUACUCUUGAAUGCACUGGCAUUGAGAGCUGCAUUCAAACUGCCAUCUAUGCAACACGUUCUGGUGGCGUGGUGGUGCUGGUCGGCCUCGGCUCUGAGAUGACUGUUUCUCUGAUCAAUGCAGCCUUGAGAGAAGUGGACAUCAGAGGGGUUUGCCGCUACUGUAAUACCUGGCCAAUGGCCAUAGCGAUGUUGGCAUCGGGAAAAGUGAACGUGAAGCCACUUGUGACCCACCGUUUCCCUUUGGAGCAGGCAGUCCAGGCCUUUGAGACCACGCGGCAGGGUAUUGGGAUAAAGGUCAUGUUAAAGUGUGACCAGAACGACCAGAAGCCCUGAUUUCACGUGCUGACCUGCUGCACUGAACCAAACCUCCCCAAUUGAGAGCGGCCUAGCGUGACAAACUGGAUGUUGACCUUAGGACAGAUAACAUUGUUAGUUUAGAGAGACACAUUAAUUGCAGACAGCAUUGUGAAAGACAACAGCAUGCUGUGCCACCUGAAGGUCAGAGCUAUGUUUAGCAGAAGAUAAGACAGAAUGGUAAGAUAGACCUUUAUUAGUCUCGCACAAUGGUACUUGCAAUUACUUUAUGGUAAUCAGCUUUAUUUCAUAACCAACAUUUUAUGAUUUUUUUUUUUUAUGAUUGUACAUAAUUCACGGUUGUGCUACAUUUUAAUUUUCUAAAAAGAUGACUUAAAUAUGCUCUAGCAAAAGAAGAUCGGUAACUAAUAAAACUGUAAAACAUUU